AUGGUAGGUCUGGAGAAGUACCCAGACACUGUGCACCUCUCAGAGGGGCCUUGUUCCCAGAGCAUGGAAGUCCGCAGCACCAGCCGGCCAGGGUUUGGACUGGUGAUUGUUUGGAGGAUACGCAUAGAUGAAGAAGGGAAGGUUUCACCAAAGCUGGAUCUUCUCACCAAAGUCCCUCAGCGAGCCCUGGAGCUGGACAAGAACAGAGUUAUUGAAACUGCUCCUCUGAGCUUCCGAACCCUGCUGGGAGUGCUGGGAAUUGAAGCUGCUCUAGAAUGCCUAAUAAAAAUGCUUUGCACAGAGAACAACUAG